AUGCCCCUCAACUCCAAAGCCGUCUACGCCAAGGCAGAAGCGGCCUAUGUGCCCUUCGCCAGUCGCCGGAGUACCGUCCACAGCAGCAAUGGUAUCGUCGCAUGCACGCAACCGCUGGCCGCUGCCGCCGGUCAUCGCAUCCUAAGCCAGGGUGGUAACGCAGCGGAUGCAGCCGUUGCCGUCGCCGCCGCGAUCAACAUGGCCGAACCCUGCUCGACUGGAAUCGGAGGCGACAUGUUCUGCUUGUUCUACAACUCCAAGACCAAAAAGGUGCACGCUCUGAACGGGUCUGGUCGCUACCCAGGUGCGGCCAGCCUGGAACAGGUGCGCAAGGAUCUGAACCUGGCCCCCGGCGCGCCAGGCAGCAUCCCCAUGCUCAGUGCCCUAGCCGCCACCACGCCCGGAGCAGCUGCGGGCUGGGUCGACACGGUUGCCAAGUUUGGAAGUGGGAAGCUUUCCAUGGAGCAGAUUCUACAGCCGGCCAUCGAAAUGGGCGAGCAAGGAUUUCCCGUCUCGGAGCUGUCAUCCCACGGAUGGAAUGAGGCCGAAAAUGACAUUCGGUCGGCAUCACCCAAUUUCCGGGAGAUGCUCAAGGACGAUGCUUCCGCCAAAGACGGCGUUCGUGCCCCGCUCCCCGGAGAUAUCAUGAAGAAUCCCACCUUGGCAAAGACUUUCCGCGCCCUGGCGACGGAGGGCAAGAAGGGUUUCUACCAGGGUCGGAUUGCCGAAGAAAUCGUGAAGGUGGUCAAGGACCUCGGUGGGUACAUGACCUUGGAGGAUCUCGCCUACCACGCGGAGGUUGGCACCCAGGAGGUGGAUGCCAUCUCGCUCGAGUUCACCGGCCAGGAUAUCGUAUCCAAGCAGACUCCGGGCACUGACGGAUCACCCAACCAGGGCGUUCGGGUAUGGGAACACCCACCCAAUGGCCAGGGAAUUGUGGCAUUGAUGGCCCUCGGCAUCAUGGAGGAGCUCGAGAAGACAGGCAAGAUUCCUAAGUUCCGCGAGGACCAGCACAACUCCCCCGAAUAUCUGCACGCCGUCAUUGAAAGCUUGCGGAUUGCAUUUGCCGAUGCAGCGUGGUGGGUGGCUGAUCCCGACGUCGAGAAGGUCCCAUCCCAGGGUCUGCUGGCGCGCGAGUAUCUGGCUGAGCGGGCCAAGCUGUUCUCCCCCGAGCGCGCGGCCGAUCUCAUGGACCAUGGCAGCCCGGCCCACAACCACUGCGAUACCGUGUACUUCAAUGUGACCGAUCAGGAGGGCAACGGCAUCUCGUUCAUCAACAGCAACUAUGCCGGCUUCGGGACCGCCAUCAUCCCCCGGGGCUGUGGAUUUACCCUUCAGAACCGCGGUGCGAACUUCUCUCUUGAACCCGGCCACCCGAACGCCCUGGCACCGCGGAAGCGGCCCUACCAUACGAUCAUCCCGGCCUUGAUCACCAACGUGGCGGAUGACUCGCUGCACUCCGUGUACGGAGUGAUGGGCGGCUUUAUGCAACCCCAGGGCCAUGUACAGGUGCUCCUGAACAUGCUGGCCUUUGGAUACCAUCCCCAGGCGGCCCUGGACUCUCCCCGGAUCUGUUUGGCCGCACCCACCGAGGAAAGCAAGGACCGUACCGUCUACGUAGAAGAAGGCAUCAGCGAUGCCACGGUCGAAGGUCUGCGUGGCCUUGGGCACAAGGUCGAGGUAUUGACCGGCUGGAAGCGCGCCAUGUUUGGCCGUGGCCAGAUCAUCCGGCUGCACUAUGACGAGGGCAAGCCGGUUUACAGUGCCGGUAGCGACCAGCGGGGCGAUGGAAUGGCAUUCCCUCUUCUGUGA